CAGAAUAAGCCAUUUUCACUGAAUAAAAUCUUCUAAUAGUUUCAAACGUAAAACGUGUUAAGAGUGAUUAGUAGCUUUGACUUUCUCAUCAGUUAUUCCUAUAAUUUCAAUCAAUAUGAGGAAGGUACAAAUCCGCCAUCUGUUGGAUCUUUCCAUCGAAGAAAAGCGCGCAUUUCUCGAUUCGUUUGAUUCGAUUAUGUCGGAUUGUGAUGGUGUCGUAUGGAACUUCACCGGUCCGAUUCCCGAUGUUGACAGAGCCUUGCAACUGCUUAAGCACAAGGGCAAAAAAUUAGCCUUUAUUUCCAACAAUGGGAUGCGCACAAUGGAGGAAUAUAAACGGAACUUCCGUAAACUGGGUAUUAAGGUUCAUGAAAAUAAUAUAGUUCAUCCGGCGUUGACAACAGUCAAAUACCUCCAAUCGAUCAGCAUGCAGGACGCGGUGUAUUGUAUAGGAACAGAGAUAUUCAAAGAUUAUCUGCGAAACGCAGGGUUCACGGUGCUUGAUGGGCCCACAGAACAAUUCCCUGACGAAAGGGUGGUGAACUCGGUGCGAGUCUACACCAGCUACUUUGAGGAAACCGACAGUCCAAAGGUUGGUGCUGUAGUAAUGGACCUCGAUGUCAACGUUUCCCUUGCGCAUCUAAUGAAGGCCAAAUGUUACCUGGAGCGAAAUCGAGACUGCGUUCUGAUAGCUGGUGCCACAGAUAAAAUCGUUCCUUUGGAUACCAGUAUGGAUGUAAUAGGACCGGGUUAUUUCAUCGAUAUUUUGGAACGUGCCUCCGGACGGAAGGCACUGGUGCUCGGGAAACCUGGUCAGGCACUAGCUAAUUUUGUGCUAGCACAGUUCAAUGUGACGAACCCGAAGCGAACGUUGUUCAUUGGAGAUAUGCUUCCUCAAGAUAUGGGCUUCGGAACACGGUGUGGUUUUCAAAAGAUUCUUAUGCUUAGCGGUGGUACGACGAAAGGAAUGAUGUUCUCCCACGACAAACCAAACGAGCUGCCCGAUUUUUAUGCAAAUAGCUUCGCCGAUUUCAUCCAGCUAUAUGAAGAUAUUGCCAAUGAACCAUAGCUGCCAUGAAAAAAUUACUGUAUUCUGACGUAUCCUGUGGCACAUCAGAGACAGAAAUGUGAUAUAAGAAUAGAUACCUAUAAAUUUGUA